GUAACUUCUCCAGUUCUUCGUCUCGGAUUCGCCAUUGGAUCUCCAAAGCUCAAGCUUUUCAAUGCUUCUCACUUGAAGAUCAAUUCUGUGCUCCCUAAUUAGGCCUCCUUUGGUGUGAAAUAUUGAUAAAUGUAUGGUAUCAAACUAUAGAGAGCCAUUAGUUGUUAGAUGCCGAUGGAAAGUAUUGCAGAUCUAUGUUUGGGUACAGCGCUUGAAGAACCUCAGCUCAAUCAGGAACCUCUAAAGAAAUGUGUCGUUCCUGAAGUUGCACCUUCUUCUGCCAAUGGCUGCUUUGACUGCAACAUCUGCCUAGACUUUGCCACCGACCCAGUUGUUACCCUUUGUGGCCACCUCUACUGCUGGCCUUGCAUUUACAAAUGGUUGCAGGUCCAAACAGUAAAACCACAGCAAUGCCCUGUUUGCAAAGCAACCCUCUUGGCAAACACUCUGGUUCCGCUCUAUAGCCGUGGUCACGACUCUGCUCUUAAGAACUCCAGCCGUAGCUCUGAUAUCCCAUGCAGGCCAAGCAUUCAUUCAGAUCAAGAACAUGGCCACAGGCUUCACAACGUGUCACCUCCUUUAGUGGAGACUAGGAUGAUGAAUUCAACCGCCGGCGGAGUGCUCGGAGGGAUGGCAAUGGCAGUGCUACCAUGGGCAUUGCGGAACGAUGAGUCCCUGGGUUUGUACCAUUCGAAUUCGUAUUAUCAGAUAGUGAAUGGCGGCAAUACGAGGCUUAGGAGGCAGGAGAUGGAGUUGGAAACAUCACUACAUCAGAUUUGGACCUUCCUCUUCUGCUGUGCAAUACUAUGUCUUUUAUUGUUCUAACUUUAUGACAACAGAUUGAAUUGUAUCUGCAAUCUAUGAUUCUUGUAUGAAUUGUCAAUCAAUCCGUUUGAUUCUGAUAUGGUUUUGUAAUACAUUAAGAUGAUUUUUAGAUUC